AUGUCUGCCGAGCAAGAAGAGUACGAGUAUUUCAAGAACGCCAGGGAGUAUCUGGAGUACUUCUACUCCGAUUUGACGGGGGAAAAGUGUCCAGACGAGGGGGAGUGGAUGCCUUGGAGCAUGGAACAGUUUCACCGGACCUUUAGCGAAGGCAAAGGUUUUGGAGGAAGACUUCUGGACAUAGGAUCAGGCCCGACAGUGUAUCAGUUGGGGGCCUUAGCGGAAAUAAAGAAAUGGAAGGACGGUAAUAAGCAAGCAUUUGAUUGGAGCCCCUUCGUGAAACACGUCGCUGGAUUGGAGGGCUCAAGAUGGGAGUCUCGGCAAGAACAGCUACGCAGCGCCAUCAAAGAUGCAGUUCCCUGUGAUGUAUUUAACACCAACCCCCUCCACCCGGCUGAGUUUGAGCCGUUCGACACCAUCAUUUCUGCUUACUGUCUGGAGUCGGCAUGUUACGACAAAGGAAGGUCUGCCUAUGCUCAAGCUGUAAGGAACAUCUCUACACUCCUAAAGCCUGGCGGAAACCUCAUCUUACAAACCUACAUCGGGGUUACCUACUGGGUGGACAAGGAAGGCAACAAGACACCGGAUUCCCUCUGUCUCGACACAGAGUUUGUGUUGACGACACUCUCCGAGGCAGGUUUUACAGAGCUGGAGACUUCUGAGUAUAAAUGUCCUGUGCGAGAGAAAGUUCAGUAUAGUGAUAUAAAGGGGAUGUUGCAUGUAACAGGAAAGAAAAUCUAACCGAGAAGCAACAAGAUCUCAUGCCUCUAUGAAAUAUUUAGAGUUUUUAUAAAUCAAUUGGUUUGUUAACAGUUUUCUUGUGUAUCUCAUUACCUGUAUGUCUAACAGUCACAGACGUAAAAGACUUACAAAGUAUAUCAUAUUUACAUAUACCUUGCAGUGAUGCAUGCAAAAAGAAAAUAGAUUGUGCACCUGAUUCCCUGCCUGUGUCUCGACACAGAGUUUGUGCUG